AUGCCAGAAUUCACACAAGCUUACACAUAUCAUUCUGAGCUUAUUCCUACAGAAGCUACACAACCUACUACUCAACAAAUAUCAGUCAUACAACCAACAAUAGUUCAAGCACCACAGUCUGCUCCUACUAAUCUCCCAGAUCAACCAGAUAUGAGAUGUCAGGCUGAGAUUGAAGCUUUACAAAACAACCACACAUGGGACAUAGUAAUAGUGCCUACUGAUGACAUGCUUGUCACUGGUGAUUCUCUAAAACUAAUAGAGGAAACCAAAACACAUUUGCAACAGUCUUUCAAAAUGAAAGACCUAGGAGAAUUGGAAUACUUCUUAGGUAUAGAGUUUGCUAGAUCAAAACGAGGAAUUCUUAUAACAACAGAAUAUGAUGAAUAUCUCAGGAAAACUAAGCCUACUACUUUGGUGGAUGAAGAACUGUCAAACUCAACUCCUUAUCAAAGGCUGAUACGUAAACUCCUAUGUCUAACAAUGACAAGGCCAAACAUUUCAUAUAAUGUACAAACACUAAGCCAGUUUAUUCACAGACCAAAGAAAUCUCACAUGGAAGCAGCUUUAAGAAUUGUAAAGUACAUCAAGAAUAGUCCAAGACAAGGAAUACUACUCUCUAGCAAAUUCAACAACAAUAUUUUAGCAUAUUGUGAUGCAGACUGGGCUGCCUGCCCAUAUUCAAGAAAAUCUAUUUCAGGUUAUCUAGUCAAGUUUGGACACACCUUAAUAUCAUGGAAAUCAAAGAAGCAAACUACAAUUUCAAGAAGCUCAGCAGAAGCUGAGUAUAGAAGUCUUGCAAAAACUGUGGCAUAA